GAGAGGUGUCGAGCGGGGCGUCGCUCAGGCCGGAUGAAGAGAAUCCGAGGGGGAAGUUUGGUGGUUGUUGCCUGGGGCUGUGAGAGGAAACAAGGGGAGUGCGGGGGGAACUGCCCCCCCCUUAGGCCGUUGCUAUGGGCAACCGAGGAAUGGAAGAGCUGAUCCCCUUGGUGAACAAGCUGCAGGAUGCCUUCAGCUCUAUCGGGCAGAGCUGCCAUCUCGACCUGCCGCAGAUUGCUGUGGUGGGUGGACAGAGCGCGGGCAAAAGCUCCGUCCUCGAGAACUUUGUCGGUCGAGAUUUCCUGCCCCGUGGCUCUGGAAUUGUUACCAGGCGGCCUCUUAUCCUUCAGCUCAUUUUCUCUAAAACAGAAUAUGCAGAAUUUUUGCACUGUAAAUCCAAGAAGUUUACAGAUUUUGAUGAAGUUCGACAGGAGAUUGAAGGAGAAACAGACAGAGCCACUGGAACAAACAAAGGAAUCUCUCCCAUUCCCAUUAACCUGAGAGUAUAUUCACCACAUGUGUUGAAUCUGACCUUGAUUGACCUUCCGGGUAUCACUAAGGUGCCAGUGGGUGACCAACCCCAAGACAUUGAAUACCAGAUCAAAGAUAUGAUUCUGCAGUUCAUUAGCAGAGAAAGCACCUUGAUUCUUGCGGUGACUCCAGCCAACAUGGAUUUGGCCAACUCAGAUGCACUCAAAAUGGCUAAAGAAGUUGACCCUCAAGGCCUACGGACAAUUGGAGUGAUAACUAAGCUAGACCUAAUGGAUGAAGGCACAGAUGCCAGAGAUAUCCUGGAGAACAAACUCUUACCUUUGCGCAGAGGUUACAUUGGAGUUGUGAACCGGAGCCAGAAGGACAUCGAUGGUAAGAAGGACAUCAGAGCAGCACUGGCAGCUGAGCGCAAGUUCUUCCUUUCCCAUCCUGCUUACAGACACAUGGCAGACCGCAUGGGCACCCCCCACUUGCAGAAGGUCCUCAACCAGCAAUUGACAAACCAUAUACGGGAAACACUACCAUCUCUACGCAGCAAACUCCAGAGUCAGUUGCUCUCAUUAGAAAAAGAAGUGGAAGAAUAUAAGAAUUUUCGCCCUGAUGACCCUACACGGAAAACCAAAGCCUUGCUUCAGAUGGUCCAGCAGUUUGCUGUGGACUUUGAGAAGAGAAUUGAAGGCUCUGGAGACCAGGUGGACACACUAGAACUCUCAGGUGGAGCCAGAAUAAACCGCAUCUUCCACGAGAGGUUUCCCUUUGAGCUGGUCAAGAUGGAAUUUGAUGAGAAGGAUCUAAGGCGAGAAAUCAGCUAUGCAAUCAAAAACAUCCAUGGUGUAAGGACGGGGCUCUUCACACCUGACAUGGCUUUUGAAGCCAUAGUGAAAAAACAGAUUAUAAAGCUCAAAGAGCCCAGUUUGAAGUGUGUUGAUCUGGUGGUUUCAGAGCUGGCCAUGGUCAUUAAAAAGUGUGCGGAGAAGCUUGGUUCCUACCCUAGGCUGAGAGAAGAAACAGAAAGAAUUGUUACAACGUACAUCCGAGAACGGGAGGGGAAAACUAAAGACCAGAUUCUCUUGUUGAUUGACAUAGAGCUGUCCUACAUAAAUACUAACCAUGAAGACUUCAUUGGAUUUGCCAAUGCACAGCAAAGAAGCACCCAAGCAAACAAGAAAAGAGCAAUACCAAAUCAGGGUGAGAUACUGGUAAUCCGACGAGGCUGGCUGACCAUCAACAAUAUCAGCAUCAUGAAAGGGGGUUCUAAAGAAUACUGGUUUGUCUUGACAGCGGAGAGUUUAUCUUGGUACAAGGAUGAAGAGGAGAAAGAGAAGAAGUACAUGCUGCCUCUGGACAACCUAAAAAUCAGGGAUGUGGAGAAGGGCUUCAUGUCUAACAAGCAUGUUUUUGCUAUAUUUAACACCGAACAGAGAAAUGUAUAUAAAGACCUGCGUCAGAUAGAACUUGCCUGUGACUCCCAGGAAGAUGUGGACAGCUGGAAGGCUUCCUUUCUUCGUGCUGGUGUUUAUCCUGAGAAAGACCAAGCAGAGAAUGAAGAUGGGGCUCAGGAGAACACCUUUUCUAUGGAUCCUCAGUUGGAGCGCCAGGUGGAAACUAUCCGCAAUCUUGUUGACUCUUAUGUUGGAAUCAUCAACAAAUCUAUUCGGGACCUUAUGCCAAAGACAAUAAUGCACCUAAUGAUAAACAAUACCAAGGAUUUCAUCCAUUCAGAGCUGCUUGCCUACCUGUACUCCUCUGCAGACCAAAAUAGCUUGAUGGAGGAAUCUGCAGACCAGGCACAGCGCAGGGAUGACAUGUUGCGAAUGUACCAUGCCUUGAAGGAAGCGUUGCACAUCAUUGGCGACAUCAGUACCAGCACAGUUUCCACACCGGUUCCUCCUCCUGUGGAUGACACAUGGCUGCAGGCAGGAAGCAGUGGGCAUAGCCCGACACCGCAGCGCAGGCCUCCUUCUACUGUGUUGCCACCGGGGAGACCCCCAGCUGUGAGGGGUCCUUUGCCAGGCCCUCCACUGAUCCCAGUGCCAGCAGCAGGGCCUUCCUCUUUCGUGGCACCACCCAUUCCUUCACGCCCUGGACCGCAAAGUGCAUUUGCUGCUAACAAUGACCCUUUCUCAGCCCCACCUCAGAUUCCUUCCCGACCAGCACGUGUUCCACCCGGUAUCCCCCCAGGCGUACCCAGUAGAAGACCCCCUGCAGCGCCGAACCGACCCACCAUCAUCAGACCGACUGAGCCUUCCUUAUUAGAUUAACCAUGACCACUAUCCCGGAGGGAGGAGAGGCAGUUGCCUGUUAACUAUCUUGUGGAUGGAACUCAUGCCUACUCUGUUCUGUAAAAGAGCUCUUUGCAAGUGAUCCGCCUUAGCUAAGGCCCAGUCUUCCCAUCCUUCAGUCCCAUCUUCCUCACCUUACCGAUAGCAAAGCUACAGCAGCAGUCAGCACGGGAAGAGUGCUCUAAGUCAGUUACCUGGGAAUAGCUCUGAGAAGCCUAGCAUUCCUACUACCCUUGACCUAGAGAGGGAUUUGGUGACGAGAAUCUUCCCUGGGAAGAAGAGGAAUUGCUGUUGUUUUGUUUUUGCUCUCCUCUUAGUGGCCACACCAGCCCCAUUCCUGAUGGGAACACAGAAGAUUCUAUUUUGUGGAGUUGUUUUGCACUUUGUUGAGAAUACAGAAGAGAACUGUAGUGGAGUGAUUGGCUGGGAAUGUAAAAAAGUAAGAGAACUUGUCUUUCCAUCACAAAACAUCUGCUUUUACCAUUCAUUCUGAGUGAAGUUGUCCAUCUUGUUUUACCCCCCACCCCCACCCUGUGGAUUUGUUUGUACUAUAUAUGUAUUAAAACAUCUCCUUCAAUUGCCUUAACUCCCCCCCCCCUUUAAACUUCAAAGCAAAACUUGAUCAGUUUAUUUCCAUUUUAUACCUUGGAAGAAAAGGAAAUGAUGGAACUACAGAUAGCCAGUUUUAAAUAGUUCACUAAAUUGAAACAGGACUUAACCGAACAGAGUUGUUAGAAAGAGGAAGGCACUGGAUUAUUUUUGGGCCUAUCAUAUAAUGCUGAUUAAAUGUAUUCAUGUACCAUGCUACCCUCUGCACAACAAGGGCUUAUGCUUAAACGGAAGGAGUGCCGUUUGAUCCAGCUUACCAGUUUGUGGCCUGGAUAAGCAUGGUUGGUGUGCUACGCCACUAGGGCACCCAGGUAACCAGUUGCAGGGAAGUUCGUCAUUUCAACAUGGCUUGGUUGACUGUGCCCUUUUGUAGCUGGCUUGGUCACAAAGAAGGGGUGGUGAGAAAGAGCUGAGGAGAGAGAGAUCAUCAAAAUUGCAGUUGUCUGCAUGAAUCGCUUCUGUGGAGAGCUUUUCCCUCUCUGUUCAGAAGACUGAUUUUUCUCUAUGCAAUGAACUCAUUGUGUUUGUGGCUGCAACUUACCUCUGCAUCUAGGUUGAGGGAAGUUCUUAAUUGCAAAUUAUGUUCAGAAAUAGAUCUCAUGAUUCCAUUGCUGAGAAGUCCCGCAGAAGCUCCCAAAGGAGUCUCUUCUCUCAGAGGAGGUUUUGUGGCUGAUGGCUGUUCUGUCUCUGGAACUGUGUUACCGCUCUGAGAGUUAGUGGGCAACGUUGGCACCUUCCCAACAGGUCUAGUAAAGCACUCUGCCCUCCCUGGGCUGUGGUUGUAUAUAUUUCUUCUGUAUUAAUAUUUGUAUAAAUCCUAGAUUUUUAAAAAAUCAACACUUAAUCCUCCCUGCCCCAAAGUGUCCAAGCGUGUCAGGGAUACCUCACCCUUCCUGAGAUAAGAUGUAAGGAAUAGCAAUACACACACCAUCUGCCUUAAGUGUUUCUUCCAGUGGGUUCUUCCCUUUGUACCUAAAUUGGAGCAGUCACUGCUUGCUUUAUGUCCUGGGUGAUAGGACCCUUCCCAGAUGGUGCUAACUUCCUUUGUGCCUUUACUGCUUGAACUCUAUGCCGUUUUGCCCUAAUAAUCAAUGUUGCCUUCUCACAAACGAUCCCUUGUCUCUGAAGCCACUAGCAACAGUUUUGUCUCCUUCUUAUCAGUGCAUUGCAUAAACUCCCACCACUUACACCUACUGGUUACUUCUCCAAAAGAUGGCAUUUGCUUGGUAGCAUGGAUUCCUACUGCCAUUCAUUUUGAUCUGGUUUGCUUCCUCUCGACUCUUCUUGCCAUGUGUAAAGAUGCUAUGGCGCCUUCGUUCCUUCAUCUUUAGAUGAAAAAAGUUCCCAGUAGUUUGGGAUAAGUGCCUCCAUUAUGUAUCCUAUUAAUAAUCUAAAAUAAAGGGAAUUCUGCUGGUGGAAAGUC